AACUGGCAGGGCCAAUCAGAAUGCUUCCAACUAUAUUUAAAGGCAACUUGGGUUGUGGGUGCCACUGACUCAGCGUGUCCUCAGGCACUCCCAAUGGCUCGCACUAAGCAGACAGCUCGUAAGUCCACCGGCGGCAAGGCGCCGCGCAAGCAGCUGGCCACCAAGGCGGCUCGCAAGAGCGCGCCGGCCACGGGCGGCGUGAAGAAGCCCCACCGCUACCGGCCCGGCACGGUGGCCCUGCGCGAGAUCCGCCGCUACCAGAAGUCCACCGAGCUGCUGAUCCGCAAGCUGCCCUUCCAGCGCCUGGUGCGCGAGAUCGCGCAGGACUUCAAGACCGACCUGCGCUUCCAGAGCUCGGCCGUGAUGGCGCUGCAGGAGGCGUGCGAGGCCUACCUGGUGGGGCUCUUUGAGGACACCAACCUGUGCGCCAUCCACGCCAAGCGCGUCACGAUCAUGCCCAAGGACAUCCAGCUCGCACGCCGCAUCCGCGGAGAGAGGGCAUAAAUUGUCGUUCUUAGUCUGCGAAC